AUGCUUGCAGGGACGUCGCCGCCGCGCUUCGUCGACGGAGGAGGCGGUGUGCGGCGUCUGGCGCCGGUGUGCGACUACGCGCUCGUCUACGCGGAGAAGAAGAACGACGGCGAAGCGCCGUACUCGGUCUCCUUCACCGCGACGCAGAGCGGCGACGUCAUCGUACAGCUGCACCCGCACUCGCAGCUCGAGCGCGCCGUGCGCCACGAGCGGCAGGCGCAGGCCACGGAGCCGCCUGCGAGCGCGAGCCCUGCGGCGCGGCCCGCCCCUGCCGCCGCGCCGCCAGCCGCGGAGCCGGCGCCCAAGACGUACGCCGCCGCAGCCGCAUCGCAGCCGCAGGGUGCCACCGCGGGUGGCCAGCCCGCCGCGCCUGCGGGCCCGGCCGCCGCCGCGCGCGUGCCGCCGCCGCCCAGCGGCGGCGGAGUGCGCGGCUGCUCCUUCACUGUCCCUAACCCGGGCAGGAAGCGUGGGCAGCAGCAGCGCGGCAAGGGCCGCGGUGCCAGGGGCCGUGCCGAUGCUGGACCCCGUCUCGUUGACAAGAACGCGCUGUCCGCGCGCGGCAGCGGGCCCUCGCGCCAGUCGCGCUCGCCGUCGCCCGACUCUCCGCCCGCCAAGCGGGCCGCCUCCGCUGACUCGUCCGGCUAUGAAACCGAUACGCCGGACGAGGUGCAGCAGGAGGCGGUCCGCAGGGUAUGCGGCGCGCUCGGCAUGAGGGAGCAGUUCGAGGCGGCGAUGGCGGCGGGCGAGCUGCUCGAGGUGCUCGAGAGCUUGCCGCGAGGGGCGGUCGAGGCCUCUGUCCGACAGAUGCGGGGUUACAACCGCACGGGCGAGUGGCCAGAGCCCAUUCUCACCAGCCCUGCCCCGCAGCGCGGCCGCUCGCCAAGCCCCGUCGAUGAGUGGAGGAAAGAAUCCUCGCGGCGCAACGAGUUCCGCGACGGACGGGAGGGUACGCGAGACGUCGCACGCGACGCUUGCGCUUUGCACAUGGGCUGCGCUGCCUCGAACCUCGAGGGCUCGAUAUUUGAAUACAACGAUUUUCUCCACCCGGAGAACUACGCGAAGUCAGACAAGCGGCUGCUCAAGCUGAUGAAUUUGGACGAGCUCAAAGACACGCAGAACCCGGCGGGCGGCGUCGCCCUGCACGUGGCCGCCCAGUACAGCAAAUCGGAGACCGUAGUCAAGGCAAUGAUCGAGAUGUACCCCGAUGCGCUCACGAUACAGAACAACGUGUGCCGCCACUUCCUGUCUCAAUUGUCACGCCCGUGUUAG